AUUCAGGACGAUGACCCUGAUUAGUACGGGUAUAUCGGAGGUGCGUGGAUUACAUGCAGUAAAAAUCACCCUUAAAUAAACAAACUAAGAAUUAAAUAAUAAUAUUAGGCUAAAGUGUAUAUUGCUUUCUGUAAGAAAUGAUGAUUACUGAAUCUCAUAUUAUUUUGACUAAGAAUCUCAUAUUAUUUUGACUUUAAAUCUUCAUAUCAAGCUUCUGAUUUUGGUAGCAAAACACUUUGUCAGAAAAUAUAAAUAUCUGAAAUAUUGCGCUCAGUAUUAUAUUUCAGUGUCCAAAUCAUGACUCUUAUCAAAUUAGUAUUCAGUGUUCUUAUUUGAUUCAGAAUGAUGCUAGUAGCCUAAAUUACUUAUCUUUUUUUUAAAUAUAAGCGAGUAUAAAAGACAUGGAGUUAAAUUCUAAAUCAUUGGUUGCUGAUUAUGAUUCUUCUAGUGAAGAUGAAAAUUCAAUUGCAUCUCCAGCGAAUACACCAAAUGAUGAUGAUCGGUUAGCCCCUGCAACGGAGAUGUUAAAUCAAACUUCCAAAGAAAUUCCUCACUCUGUAUUUACAAAUCCAUAUAAAGAAAUAGAAAGCUAUGAAAAUUCUAUUCUUGAAAAGCAUGUCAAAAUGACAACUAAUAAAGAGGUGAUGCAACUUCAAGUAAAGCCUUGCUAUAAAUUUUUUAAAGGUAAAUGUAAGCUUGGUGAAUCUUGCAAGUUUUCUCAUUGCAAUCCUAUUCAAAACACUGCACCAGACAUUAAAAAUGACAGUGAAGAAAAUGGUGAUAUCAAAACCCGGACAAAAAAACGAUGUGGAUUAAAAAAUGAUUUGGUACCUCCAAAAAAAUUUAUGAAGACCUAUAAUAAAAUGAAAUGAUUGUUUAUUUUAAUGUAUAUGUCAGUACAAAAAAAAAAUUUAUAAAUUUGUUUUCCUAUAAACUGUUUAAAAACUUCUAAUAAAUCGCAAUUUUAUUGUGUCA